UAUUCCCAGGAGUCAUGUAUGCAGACAAAAAGCAAAAUCAGCAGCCAAGUUCACAUCGGGGUAAUUCUAACCGCAAAUCAUGGCCAAGAAUGAAUCCUAAACAUCAGCGCCGAACUGGAAGCUCUGCAUUCUUGGAUAGAGAUGGUGAUACUGAGAUGAAUAGUGGCAGUUCAUAUAGUAGUGGAAAUCGUGCAAGACACAAGAACAGGUACAAUCCUGGGUAUGGAAGAGCACGUGUUAAUAAAAAUGGACAACGUGCUCAUGCAUCAGGAUGGUGGAAAAUUGUUGUCCAUGAUGCUGAUAAGUUCGAUAGGGACCAUUUCUUCAAGAUGUUGGACAAUACCACCAAUGAAAGCAUUGAUCCUCAAAAUACUAGAAUUGAAAGGAACAAGCUUGUUUUCUGGAUCAAAAAUUCUAGAGCAAAAGAAGCAAUUUACAGCCAAUCUGGAAAACUGACACUUAAAGAUCAUACUAUCACUCUUUUCACUGUUCCCAGUGAAGGUCCAGAAAUACAAUUGUCAAAAGAUGAGCAAAAAGUGAAGGUAUGUAGUGCUCUUGUCAAACGCUAUGAUGGCAACGAAAAAAAAUUAAACCUCGCCGAAUUUCAUCAAGAUCCUGACAUGUCUGGAAUGAAGAGAAAAUUGUUUGAAAUUUCCGGAAUCUUAGGAGAGUUAAUAGCUGAAAAAUGUGCAGAUCUAGUUGUAGAGAUUGACUUCUCUAAUAACAAUUUAAAGCAUGCUGGCUGUCUCAGAGGGAUUUUAACUGCUUGUAAGGUUGUAACAAGAGUGAAGUUGGACAACAACCGUAUCAACACCUUGUUAGAUAUAAAAACUGUCGAGAAGAAUGCUACUGGAAUAACCCAUAUUUCACUCCUCAACAAUCCUGUCAAGAAUCUUAUGGAUGAUGCUCAGUAUAUAAGUGAUUUGAGGAGGAUGUUCCCCAAACUCAUUGAGCUAGAUGGAGUUCCAUUGCCUGAGAAGAUUAAAUUUGAAUCUGAGGAUCAAAAUGCCUUACUUCCAACCCAGAAGUUUGCUAUCCUACUAGACCCUGGGCCAAAGAGCGCACUUGAAGGUUUCUUCCUGCAGUUUGUAAAAUUGCAUGACACUGGAAGUUCAGCUCGAAACCAACUUGCUCCUGCCUAUGACGAGACUGCCAUAUUUUCCACUGCCCUUUCCUGGAGAGCAAACAAAGACACUAAGGACAAGUUUCCGGCUAACAUGCCUGCAGAACUGACAAGAAGGAACAGAAACUUCAAACACUGCUACAAAGCUGAACAGAGAGAAUCUCGUCUGUUUAUUGGACGUGAAAAUGUUGUGAAAGAGCUGUGUGAGUUAGGUGAUACCAAACACAUGCUGCAGACACUGAACAUCGACUCAUCAAGUCUGAUCAACAACCACGUCACUGCUGUCUUGUCAGGUAUCAUUGAUUCUCCAGGUAGUUACAGGACAUUUAGUAGGACCUUCGUUCUUGCAGUUAAUCCAGCCAAUGGUUCUUUUCUCAUCCUCAACGAUCAGAUGUCGAUCAUAAGGAGCUUGCCUGACACAGUUGAAAAGGUAGAGUCCCAAAGUUUCGCAACAGCUCCAGCUCCAUCGUCCUCUGGGGUUAAUAACCAAGCGGUGCUAGUAAGACAACUCCAGGAGGUCACCAAGAUGACGGACCAGUUUUGUGUGCAGUGUUUGGAAGCUGCGGAAUGGGACGUUCAGAGAGCUAUGACAAUAUUCAGUGAAAUGAGAGCUUCCAUACCUCCGGAAGCAUUCAUCAGUUAAACUAAUUUAAUUAUUUUUCAUGGUAAUGGUUUUAGAUGACAUUUUUCAUAUCAUGUUGUAUUAGUUGAGAUCGAUUAAUAUAGUAAUAUUUGGUGAGCAAUUAAGAAGAAAAGAUCUAGGCACUAAACUAAUUUUGUCUAACUUCUUGUAGGAAAUAAACUUUCUUACCUGAGUAGUAAGUAUAAAUGACUAUUGAUUUACGAAAUGAUAAUCUUCGAUCUAAAAAUUGAAAAAGUAAAUACUGAGCUUCUUAAUUCGGUUAUUAUCCAUAAGUGAUAGCUCAGUUACUUGUAAAAGUUUGUCCAAUUGAACCCUGACACUGAACCUUUUUAAUUCGAGAGACGAUCUAUUUCGAAAAACUUGUUCAUGUUUUUUGUUAGUCAGUAAAUUUCACGUUAAAUCACGUCUCAGUUUUUUUUGUUGGCGACGAGAGCGAAGUCAACGUUUUGGUGCAAACAAGAUGAGUAUAGUUUGCAUCAAUUUUAAAAUAAUUGUCAUAUGUUUUCUGAGAAAAGUGAAGUCGUUUAUUAAACCAGAAUACAAAUCAACUAUUUAAAUUAUACAAUGCUGAUGUUUCCUCAA